CUCAACUCAUCCAUGCAUGCCUAUACACAGACUACUACACACAGACAAAUAACAUACAUAAAUAUAUAAUAUUAUUAAAAAAAAAAAAUAUAUUUCUUGGCUAUUGAGAGAAAAAUCAUGGAAGAGAACUCGAAGAAUUUCGAUUUUUCUCCGAAAACCAUUUCAGACAUUCUCAAGAAAGCUCCACUCGUUUCGUAUUGUUUUCCCGACCGAUCGUCUGAGCUGGAAUUUCUCGUGCGCUCGUUAGAAGACGAGAUGAGAAAAGUCGAUGCUUUCAAACGCGAGCUUCCUUUGUGCAUGCAGCUUUUGAAAGAUGGAAUCAAGAGACUGAAGGAAGAGAAAUUGAUGGAGGAAGAAUCCACACCUUUGAAGAGUAAUAAUAAUUCGGAGGGAGAGGAAAGGGCAAAAACGUCAAUCGACUUCGUCGAGAAGAGGACAUGGAUGAGCUCCGUCCAGCUGUGGACCCCACCACCGCCCAUCCACUGCGCGAACAGCGGGUUUAUCAACAGCAGGGGAGGGUCAGGGGCAUUUUCGCCAUUUAAGAAGUCGGAGGCCAAGAUUGAAGAAGAUCGCGGCUCGUUUGGGACCCAACUGCACGAACAGCACAAACAGCAACUGCAGAGGAAACAGAGGCGCUGCUGGUCACCCGAGCUGCACAGGCUCUUUGUGGAUGCGCUGCAAAAUCUCGGUGGGGCCGAGGUGGCUACACCGAAGCAAAUUCGCGAGCAUAUGAAAGUGGAAGGCCUUACAAAUGAUGAAGUGAAAAGCCAUUUGCAGAAAUACAGGAUUCAUGUUAGAAGGUUUUCGAAUGCAUCGUCUACGGAACGGCCGGUUUGUGAUGAGAUGGAUAGCCAUGCCUGA